AUGGUCAAUCCUGGAGUACCAGCAUGGGGAACAUUAAUAAGCCUCCUUGCUGCAGAACAUGAUGUCUCAUCUGUAGCUUCACCAGUUUCUAAUUCCAGCUACCGUGUGAAUUGCAAGAGUACCCCUCUGACAGGAAGAUUAACUGACUCACUCUCUGCCCAAGAAUACUACACCAUAUAUUAUCAAGUAAAAGUGGCUAAAGGUCAUACAAAUGAGCUUCAUGAGAUAAUAAGAGAAGUGGAGCUUUCCCUUACACACUGGUGGAAGCUUGUGUCCCCUCACUACAGGCCCAAGAAACCUCUUCCGGUGCAGGGCAAAGGCAAAGGUGUAAGAACGUCUGUAGGAGUGACGGGGGUCACACACGGUCAGGACGGACGGAGACGAGAGAUCUCUGCAGUCAGGUCGUGGAACUAUCGGUUUAUUGCAAAGGGCCUGGGCUUAAAGCGCCUGGAGGCCAAAGGAGAGAAGCUGCUUGGCCCUCUGGUCGGCUGCAUGGAGGAAGUUCUCAGCAGCAUGAGAGUGCAGAAGCUUUCCACAAAUAAAGGCUGCUGCCUGGCCAUGAGAGAAACCCAAUUUACUGCUGGUCCUUUGGCAGAAAACUCCACGGCUUGUCCAGCAAAUGCUACUAUUUGUGAUGGCACCUCUUGUGUAUUGACAGAAGAUAAUUUUAAUCAAACUUUGAGCGUAGUUUUAAGUACUGUUCUAACAAUCAUGCUGGCUUUGGUGAUGUUCUCCAUGGGCUGCAAUGUGGAAAUCAAGAAUUUCUUGGGCCACAUAAAAAGACCCUGGGGUAUAUUUGUGGGUUUCCUUUGCCAGUUUGGAAUUAUGCCUCUCACAGCCUUCUUGCUCUCUUUGGCCUUCAACAUCCUUCCUAUUCAAGCUGUCGUGGUGAUGAUCAUGGGAUGCUGUCCGGGGGGCACAGCCUCGAAUGUCAUCGCCUACUGGGUGGACGGAGACAUGGACCUAAGCAUCAGCAUGACAACUUGCUCCACGCUGCUUGCAAUGGGAAUGAUGCCACUUUGUCUCUUUAUUUACACCAAAAUGUGGACUGAUGCUGAUGCAAUUGUACUCCCCUAUAACAGCAUUGGACUUUCUCUGGUAGCUCUUGUAGUUCCUGUUUCAGUGGGAAUAUUUGUCAACCACAAGUGGCCUAGUAAAGCAAAAAUCAUACUUAAGGUAGGUUCCAUUGUGGGAGCAGUGCUCAUCGUGCUCACUGCUGUGGUUGGGGGAAUACUCUACAAAGGCUCCUGGGUUAUCACACCAAAAUUAUGGAUCAUUGGCACCAUAUUUCCAGCAGCUGGAUAUACUUUAGGAUUCUUUCUGGCUCGCCUAGCUGGUCUGUCAUGGAACAGGUGUCGUACAGUGUCUCUGGAAACAGGCAUGCAAAACACCCAGCUAUGUUCCACCAUAGUACAGCUCUCAUUCACUCCUGAACAACUUGAACUGAUGUUUACUUUCCCACUCAUCUACAGCAUUUUCCAGCUGUUGUUUGCAGCACUAAUUUUAGGAGGUUACCGUCUUUACAGAAGACGCCACAUCAAAACAAAGACAGAUGUUGAGAAAACACCACAAAAAGAGGAUUCAAAAUCAGAAGCUAAAAUAAAUGGAGGAUUUGUAUCAGAUGAGAUUAAAUAG